AGCCAUUCAACUCAACAAACAAGUGAUUUCGCUCGCUGAGAUCAGUUGAAGAGAGAAGGGACAAAAAGACUAAUAAUUUAUUUAUUGUUAAAAUAAUAUCCAAAGGAUUCUUUCAUCGUUUUAUAACAUACAUAAAUACCAAAAUGGCCAUGAAUGGAACAACUCCAACAGCAGCACCAUCACCAGGAACCCCUGCGACAGGGGUUUCAGCAACUCAAACAGGAGGAAGAUACCGCACCGGCGAAGAUGUCGACCCAUUAACGGAUGAAAGGACAGGAUUAAUUCGUGAAGUUGGGUGCCAAGCGAUUUGGUCGUUGUCUUCGUGCAAACCGGGGUAUGGCGUUGAUCAACUACGGGACAGAUCUCUGGAUAAUUAUUGGCAAUCUGAUGGACAACUGCCGCACUUGGUCAAUAUCCAAUUCCGAAGAAAAAUGACUAUUCGUGACGUUUGUGUCUACACUGAUUUCAAAUUGGACGAGAGUUAUACGCCGAGCAAAAUUUCAAUUCGAUGCGGAACCCAUUUCAACGACCUUCAGGAGAUCGAGUUGGUAGAGUUCAAUGAGCCCAGUGGAUGGGUCCAAAUCUUCCUCAAAGAUAUCAAAGACAGGCCAAUUCGUACAUUUAUGAUACAAUUAGCAGUGCUAAGUAAUCAUCAAAAUGGUCGCGAUACUCAUUUGAGGCAAAUUAGAAUCCAUUCUCCUAUAGAUAAUCUUCCUGUAUCUGCCUUUCCUGGAUAUUUUACUUCUGAAGCUUGUAAAAAGUUUGCUUAUCUUCGGUAAUUUAUUAGCUUUUGUGAGUAUAAUUUAACCGACCAUUUAUAAAUAAAAUGAAAUAUUAUAAUAAACUGUCUCAUGAAAAUC